AUGGACGCGGUAAUCUAUAAUGUUGGUGAUACAUCCACCUCAUACAGUUAUGAUCCCAAGAGCGAUUUUCUGGGUGAAGGCCAGUUUGGCAAUGUGUACCGCGCCCGGCCGCUGGAUGGCGUUCAUCAAGGGGUUCAGUUAGCUUUAAAAAUCGCGAAGGACACCCCGGAUGGUACUCCAACACCCGGACAAAUGGCCCACUUUUCCAGGCUGGUGAAUCUGAUGCUGCAUCUGGACAUUAAGCCAAGUAAUGUCCUGAUGGCAAUGGGUGACGAUCAAGACGAGCGGAUGUUACUUGGCGAUGUCGACGACAUACGCAGCAUGAGGGAUCAUCAUACUACGUCACAGGACGUGACUUCGAUGUGCGGUACAGUUGGUUUCAUAAGUCCUGAAAUUCUUCGCCGCGAUAUGCAACUGCCCACCACCAACCCCGGGCGACCGUCUGAUCUGUGGAGCACUGGCUGCCUGUUUCUGAAGAUUGCUGCCCAUGUUACCGGAGAUCACACAGAAGUGAUUGGCCGUGGCGAGGACAGGCAGCCAGUGGCAGCGAUAGCGCCGGCUCGCCGUCUCAUGCUAAUGGCUGACGGUUAUGUUCCGCUGACGCCAGCCGUCGUCCCGGAAGAAAUCGCUGCGAUUAUCCGCCGUUGCUUAGUCGUUGAUUCAACCGGCAGGAUUUCAGCGCGGGAGCUGUUUAGCGUAGUGUCCAGUUGUCAUCGGGAAGUCGAAACCACAGAGAACCGUGAUAAGCAGACGGCGGAAGUACAACUAAUCAUAACUAUUUUGCAGACGAAUCGGAACAACGAUGUUACGGAGAGUUUUAUCGACAUGCGGCUUAAGCAAGAUCUGCUGCGCGGCGUCUCCUCCUAUGGUUUCAAGACGCCUUCGGCCAUUCAACGACUAGCGAUUGUGCCCUGUUUGAAAGGCCGGGAUGUGAUCGCGCAAUCCCUUUCCGAGACCGGGAAAACCGCCACCUUCGCUGUAUCUGUUCUCCAGAUCAUUGACACGGCUAGUUUUGAAUGCCAGGCUCUAGUGUUGGCGCCUACAAGGGGGAUGGCUGAACAGGUUAAAACGAUGCUACUGGGAUUAGGCCGCUAUCUGGAUGUGCGGUGCUACGUGUGCGUAAACAGUCAGCACGGCGUGGUCAAGCUGGACCAGUGCCCGCACGUGGUGGUCGGCACACCGGAUCAUGUCCACGAUUUAAUUUCCCAGAGAGCUGUGUCCGUUAACGCUCUGAAGAUGUUCGUACUGGAUGAAGCAGAGAAAACAUUGGCGCUUGGUUUCAAGGAGCACAUUUAUGACAUCUUCAAGAUCCUUCCCGCAGCCAUUCAGAUGGUGCUGCUGAGUGCCACGAUGACCCCAGAUGUACUGGAAGUGGCGGAGAAGGUCAUGCGCGAUCCCAUUCGGAUUUCGGCUAAGACUGAUGAGUUGGCGCUGGAGGGAAUCCAUCAGUUUUUCGUCGAUGUCCAUCGCGAGGAUUGGAAGUUCGAAACACUGUGUGAUUUGUAUUCCACAGUAUGGAUUUCACAGAGUAUUAUCUUUUGUAAUACCCACGAAAAGGCUGAAUCCCUCACCAGUCAGAUGCAGGCCGACAGUCAUACAGUCAGCAGCAUGUACGGGGAGGUGAGCAAAGAGGAGCGCGAAGUGAUUAUGCGAGAGUUCCGUAGCGGAAUGAGCCGCGUCCUCAUCACAACGGAUCGGCUGACUCGCGGCAUCGAUGUCCAGUCAGUUAACUUAAUUAUCAACUAUGAUCUGCCCAAUAAAUGCGAGGACUACAUACACCGUGUAGGGCACGGUGGCCGCAUUGGACGUACCGGUAAAAGCUGUGCUGUCAGUUUUGUGACCAGAGAGGACGUUCGCCAUUUGAAGGAAAUUGAGCAGUACUACAACACCAAGAUCGAGGAGAUGCCCAGUAAUAUCGCCGACCUAUUGUGA